GUGUUUUGUAUAUUAACUUAGUUAUAAGCAAUACCAACGCUGAGAGUCGUGUUAUUAUUUUACUAGUAUUACGUUUAGUAUUAGUGCAAUUUUGUUGUUGUUAAGGUAUGUUAUACGUUAGACCUGCCAAAGGUUUCUCCAAUGCAAGCAGGUGAAUUACGAAAAAUAAUGCAGACGAUAUGUUAACAUAUUUCGACAAUUAGAUGGUUGAAAUUUGUGAUACAAGAAAUUUCUGUCUUUGGGUAGGCCUAUCUUACGACCUGCUUUCUCAGUCCUGCUCUGAAUCUGUGGUAUGUGUUAGAACUUAGAAGGAACACAAUGAAGUUUAAGUCGGCUGAUGAAGCUAUGUGAUCCUCCUAAAGUGAGACAAAAAUGGAUUUGGUAGAAAAAUCAAGAGUCGAUUCGUCUUUUGAUGUUGAGAAUACACAGCCUCCCUUUGCUAAGGAUAGUGUAGAGGUUCUGGAAAUGGGGAAAUCUGUGAAGUUUCAAACAGAUCAACCUCAUCUUGUGAGCUUAGGAGGUGGACGCCUUAGUACAUCAAUAACAAUUCAUCCUCUCCAUAAAGGUAUAACCAGGGUAGGUCGGACUGAUGCUUCUACUCCACAGGAUAUACUUGUUAAGGGUACUGGAAUUGAGUCAGAACACUGCUACCUUGAAAAUAUUGAUAGCUUAGUCAGGUUGUACCCUUUAGCAGAAAUGGUUUCUGUGGAUGGGAUGAGAAUUUCUGAACCCACACGCCUUGCACAAGGGAGUAUGAUAUGUUUGGGGAGAUCAAAUUUUUUCCGGUUUAACCAUCCUCAAGAGGCUCAUGAAAUGAAAAAAAAGUAUCCAAACAUAAGGGUCUCAGUAGUGCCAAAUGCCGUUUCACCAGUGCCUGAAUAUUUAGAAACUGAGGAAAAAUAUGCAUAUAAUAAUCUGAGGUCAGGUGAUUAUCAGUCCUCACUUAAUUACCUCAACACAUCAACAGAUUUGUCGGCACCUUUUAAACAUUAUGAGAGUGAUCCUGGAGAAAGUCUUGACUUUGUGGAGAAAGUUUCUAAGUUUGAAUUUAUGAUUCGCAAUCCAAGUGAACCACAGACUUCACAAGAUACUCCUCGGUGGCUAGUACGAGAAGGUAUUCGAAUCCCUUCUUCUGGAACACAAAAAGCUACAGACUCUAAUGGUAAUUACAACAAUAACUUUUAUGCCUCUCCUGCUCUACGUAGUCGCAGCUUACCCCCAAGUCCAGUGCUUAAGAACUACAAGGAGUCUGUCUAUUGUAGAAUAAACCAAAAUAUGUCACCUACCACAUAUGGUUAUUCAGUCCACACAAUGAGUGCCAAUUCUGAAGUCCAUAAUAGUUCGCUUUCCCCAACACACCUUGUAGGAACGUCAAAAAAUAUCUCACCAGUUAAAACACGGAUAUUUAGUUGUUCUUCAAACACUCUUCAUGAUGGGAGGUUUCAUCAUCUAAGUGCUGAGAAUUUGAGGUCUCGAGAAGAAGAACUUGAACAGUUACAUCUGAAAGCAGUAGAAGAGCGUAGGAGAGAAGAGGAAGAACAACGUCAAGAAAAAGUAAGACUUGAAGAAAUUUUAAUUAUGUGUGCAGAAUAUGAGCGCCAGUCUAAAAAAGAAAAUGAAAUGAGUGAAAAAGAAGAAAACGGAAAAUAUCAAGUGUGUUACGAUCCCAAUUCAUGUGAUUCUUCGAAAUUACAUGCUGUGGAGGCCUGUACUACUAAGCAAAGUCCUCUAGUUAAAGAAAAGGUGACAAAGUCCAUAGAAAUUGGCAUCAUGGAACCACAAAGGUCAGGGCAAGCUUCUGUACAAAAAGAUAGUGACCUCUCACCACUUCACUCCCCACCUGUUCAAAACAGGAUCAAAACGAAUGGAUCGCUGCCACGUGAUCGAUCUAACUACCUUACGUCUCCGUCGGGGGAGCCUCAUAAUAGUAGAGGUAUAUACAGUGACACUGUUGUAAAUGGAAAUCAUAACUCACUUAAUUCAUUCUCUUCAGAAGAUGAAUUAAGCUACAUCUUAAAUCCAGGAUCAAAACACAUACCUUUGAGUCCAAAAGAGGCUUAUUCCAAUAACAUUAGCUCUUGCACUUCAUCCACAGGAACGACAUCAUUGAUAUGUCCUCAGUCUCCUAGAAACAAAAUUCGAACUGUUCUUGUUAAAGACAGAUUUGUGUGGAAUGAUCCUGAAUACUACAAUAAAGUUGAGAAGAACUUGGCUAAUGUUUUAGAAACCAAACUAGAUGUGACAAAUGAAAUUCAGUUUCCAACAAUUUCACCAUCAAAAGAUCUAGAGAUGAAUAAUGUUGAUAUCUUACUAGAAACUAAGUCAAGGUUAUUACAUGAAGUAGCUACAUUGAAGAAGAAAUGGACUGAAAUAAAAGAGUUAGAAAAUGAAUCUGUGCAAGAGCUCGAAGUGGAGCAGGCUCUGGUGGAUGGAGAACAAAGAGAUGAAGAACGUCAAUAUGAAGAAAACCAGAAAAAGCUGAGCAAUCUCUUGGAACAACAGAAGAUGCUUCAGAAGGAGGAGGAACGGGUGAUGACAAAAGACCUGGAUCGGCUAGAUGAGGCAAAAAAAAUCUUACAGGAACAGCAUCAAAAAGUAGAAGAGCUUUUGGGGCUCCAGAAGCUACUUAAUGAAAAUGAAGAAACAUUGGAACAUUCCAAGUGUCAAGAUGUGAAUCAAGAAGAUGAAACAUUUCAGGAACAUUAUAAACAGGAAACUGAGCUGUUGGAAACUAAGAAAAAAGCUUUUGAGGAUCUUGAAUUCCAACAUCUUGAACACCAAGCACAUUUUGAAGAAGAAAAGGAUGCUUUGAAUCUUCAACUUGAGCAACUUAAAAAUUACAUUCAUGAGAGACAGACUAAAUUGCAAGAGCUAGCAGAACAACAAAGAUCAAUAAAAGAGCAGAUAUUUCAUGAGAAAAUUAAAAGUGAGGUGGAAAGAAAGCAAGUGUCAGAAGAACUUGGAAAGGUAGAGAAUAAACUGCAUGAGACGAUAGGCCUUCUGCGAGGAACUAGCAUCCCUUCCACACCAGAAAGUAGCUCAGAUAGUUCUCCUCUUUCUUCUGACAAAGAACAGAAGAGUCGACGGUAUGAAGCGAAAACUGACACCAAGGACAACUGGAAAGCACCAGCUGUUCGACAGAAUAGCGGAAGGAAAACAACUGGAUGCAGCUCACUACAGACGGAUCUUGGAAACAGAAACUGUAUAAGUAGCAGUGGGGAAGACCCUUGCCGACGGACAAGUGUUCCAACCCCUAGUUCACAAGGUGAUGAAGAUCUGAGCUUUGAUGUAGUAAUUGAUGAUGAGCAGAUCCUACAAAUCGAUCCAGAAAUUUAUCAUAACGAUGAAAAGUCUUCCAUAGAUGUUUCCUGCGAACCAAGUCAUGAGGAAAUCAAGAAAAGAGAGAAACUCAAAUCUCAGCGUCCCCUGACUCGCUAUCUCCCAGUCCGUGAGUCAGAGUUCAAUUUGCGGCUUCACAUCGAGACGGCCGGUCAUCAGAUUGAGUUGUGUCCUCACGUGCACGUAACUUCUACGGCCUGUCGAGGUUAUCUGCAGAAGCUAAGUGGGGCCUUAAAGAUAUGGAAGAAACGGUGGUUUGUCUUUGAUCGUACCAAACAUGCCCUUGUAUACUAUAGUGAUAAUGGUGAAGCAAAAGUAAAAGGAGGGGUUUAUUUUCAGGCUAUUGAAGAAGUUUAUGUGGAUCACCUGCACUCUAAUAAAAGUCCAAACUUAAGAGCUACAUUUUGUGUCAAAACCUACGACCGAACGUACUUCCUAGCAGCCCCCAGUCCUGAAGCUAUGAGGAUCUGGGUAGACGUUAUUUUCACAGGAGCAGAAGGCUACGUGGAAUUUUUAUUAAACACUGUCUCCUAGUGUUCACCAAAUGUAUGUUCAAAUAGCUUUGAUGUUAUUAUUUCAUUGUCUAUUAAAGUAUGUGUAUAAACAAGUUAAUUAAAGGAUGUGAAGAUCAGGUGUUUAAGUAACCACAAAUUGAUGAUGAAAAUGCCAAUAUAUACAUACAUACACCGACAAGGAUAUCAGCUUUUUGAAGAAUAAUGGAAGCAGAGGUUUUGCCUCUAUUAAUGAGUAGGAACAGAAAGACAUAUUUGACAUGAUGACAUAGUUUGUUUUGUUUUUUACUUUGGUGUCGUUAUGUUACUUUAAAAAGUUUUUAAUACCAGAAAUUGAAGGUUUGGUUAAAAAGAUUCUGUCGUUAUCAGUGUUAUAUCGAAGUACUUGUAAAAACCUUCCAAAGUUGGUACUCAACACACACACGUCUUUAAGUGAAGCAAAUUAUUUCAGGAAACGUCAAGAAUCGUGUCACGUAAAAACCAUUGAGCUAAUACAGGAAAUUUUUAACCUUUUGUUUUACUGGUAAGUCAAUAAGCAAGUAAAGAUUGUGAGAAAAAUGGACACUUGCCAUGCCUGAAUGUACUGAUAAUCUAGUUUAAGAGUGUCUCUCUAACUAGAAAAUAUAGCUUACAUGUGAAGCCAUCAAUCAUAGUAGUUAUUUUUAAAGUUUUGAAAGAACUUUGUUGUUCAAUAGUAACAUCCUGUACAGAGAAUAUUGAUAUAUCUUCUUCUUAUCAAUAACUUUUCUAUUUGAUCUGUCUUGAAUAACUUGCAUAAGGAAACUCAUGGUGAGUGUACAAUAAAUCAAUUCACUGUGUUUUAAUUGGUAAACUUUCUGACAUAAAAUGAAGGGCAACAUCUGCUUUUUAAUGCCCACUUAGGUGUGUGACUCUUGUCAACUUCAGUAUAAGAUUAUUGAAUCAUGAGUAAGGAAACUCAUGGUGAGUGUACAAUAAAUCAAUUCACUGUGUUUUAAUUGGUAAACUUUCUGACAUAAAAUGAAGGGCAACAUCUGCUUUUUAAUGCCCACUUAGGUGUUUGACUCUUGUUAACUUCAGUAUAAGAUUAUUGAAUUAUCGAAAGUAACAAAAACGUUCUACAAAACCUUUGGCAUUGGGUUCAGUGGAACUUAGUACAGAAAGAUGUGAAUGAGUAGACAUGUUAAGUGGGUAACAGAUACUGUGUUUUCACAGGUUUUUAGUGUCACAUUGUUUUGUGUAAAAGUUAUUUAGUGCUUAAUAAGAAAAUACCAUGAAAAAAUAUUUAUAAAUUAGUUGGUAAAAUAUUUGAUUGUAUUUGUACGAAUUAAUGUGUAAAAAACAACCUUACAAAUGAAAUGUGAAACUGAGAAAAUCGUUACCUAAAGAUACCCUUAAACCCUUGUGAAAUUGAGAAAAUCAUUGCCUAAAGAUACCCUUAAACCCUUGGGAAAUUGAGAAAAUUGUUGCCUAAAGAUACCCUUAAAACUCUUGUGAAAUUGAGAAAAUUGUUACCUAAAGAUGCCCUUAAACCCUUGUGAAAUUGAGAAAAUUGUUACCUAAAGAUACCCUUAAACCCUUGUAGUUGCUGGUUUCUUGUGUCUUAUUUAUUUUCCAAAAUGACUUUACUAGUUUUGUUAGAGAAACUCUUAUUUCAGCUACAAAUCUUGUAAAGCUGAAAAUAAAAUAUUUUUGUAAGUUGACACAGAGUAAUAAACUACCAGUAUUUUUGAAAUUAUAUAUAGAAACAAACUUUGGGAUUAUUUUACCAUCCAAAUGAAAAACAGAACCAUAAGGAAACAAACAUUUUGAAAUAAAUUUCUAUAUGUAAAUAUAUAUAUAUAUAUAAAUUCAAGAUUGAAUAUAUAUAAUUGUGUGUGUCCUAAUGUUGGGUGAAUUUGACUUUCAGUUAUUUGGCUUUUUCAGCUCAUUCACAGUUAAUUUAUUUGGCUUCUAAUGUUAUUUGACUUGAGUUUUCAGUUAUCUGGAUCUUUACAGCACAUUCAAUAUUGACUUCAUAUAUAUAUGUUUUAUUAAAUUCAGUAGUUUCAAAUGUGAUAUUGUCUACAUUAAAAUGCAGAUGAAAACAUACAUUAUUGUUACUUUCAAUAAAGACAGUGUUUUAUUAUUUUAAAGGCUCUGUAUUUUCAGUAUUCCCAGUCAUAUUAAGUGAUUUUUUUUUCAUUGUUGUAGUAUUGUAAAUCUUAGGUAUUUUUUAUCAGUGUUUUUAAUUUUGUUUAACCCUGGUCAUAUUGUUGUCUCCCAGAAUAGAUUAAUGUCUACUAAUCUAUAAAUUAUAUUUUAAAAUAUAUUUUUGUAAAUACAAGUAAAAUGGCCGACUUCAAUAUUUGAGUCGUUCUUCCAAAAUAGUAAAAAGUAUAUUUCUUGUCUUGGGAGAAAGGUGGUUGAAAGGGAAACUUGAGAAUUAACUGAACUCAAUAUUGGAUCUUGGUUUCUCAAUGUUGAUCUCUUCAGGUCUUAAUCGAUAACAGAAAAAAAAACCUGUUUAUUAGCUGAUAUUUUGACAUUAAGUAUGUAUUACUUAUUCUUAAAACCAAUUAUAUAUGUAGUAAAGGAACAAGGGGGAAUUUGUAUAAGUUGAUUUACAAAUCAAGGCUGCUAUAGGCAUCGUAUGCUGAUUUUGAUUGGUCAGCUAUGCAAAUAAAGCUGACAACAGUAUUUUGAUUUAAUGUGUUUUAAGUGUAUGUCCAUUUUUCUUGCUGUGUUUAAAUACACGUCAAAAACCGUAGAGUCACAGCUGAUAAUUAAUAUAAUGUUUUCAAGAUGACUGGUAAUAGUAUUUAUAAACAUGCAUGUUCUGUUUAAAUACACAUCAAAAACCUUAGUCACAGCUGGAGAUUAAGAUGAUGUUCUCAAGAUGACUGGUAAUAGUAUUUAUAAACAUGCAUGUUCUGUUUAAUACACAUAAAACCUUAGAAUCACAGCUGGAGAUUAAGAUGAUGUUCUCAAGAUGGCUGGUAAUAGUAUUUAUAAACAUGCAUGUUCUGUUUAAAUACACAUCAAAAACCUUAGAGUCACAGCUGGAUAUUAAUAUAAUGUUUUCAAGAUGGCUGGUAAUAGUAUUUAUAAACAUGCAUGUUCUGUUUAAUCACACACCAAAAACGAUAGUCACAGCUGGAGAUUAAGAUGAUGUUCUCAAGAUGGCUGGUAAUAGUAUUUAUAAACAUACAUGUUAAAUAUUUACAAAUUCAUGUUUCUACUUUUUUUUAUUGACUUGUAACAAUUAACUGCAUAUCAAAGCUGUUUAUCACGGUUUACAGUAACUUAGUCAUUCAGAGGUAGCUUGUAAAGAAAAACAUAUUUUAGACUUGUAAGUCAUCUUUGUUUAGCCUAGAAGCAACGAGUCAUUUUAUAAUUUACUAGAAAGAUGAUAUUUUUGUAAACUUGUUGUACUGCCUUCCCUGUUGUACAGCUUGUUAUAUGUGCAUAUGUAACUGUACGAAUACGAAAUAAACAGCGAACCUUAUAAUUAAUA